CAGGUGAAAAAAGCGCCUACAGUUUACUGUGGGAUCAGGACAAAAAGGAGCGACACACUUCAGCACAGACGUGCGGCAGAAGUAAUCCCUCCAUAAAGCGGACUCAGCACAGCAGCAGAGAAACAGACGGAAGUGGAACAGUUUGAAUGUUUUCUUCUCUCCUGACAUCCGUGGAGCGCAGGAGCGGGGGAGACGCCGGUGCGCUCCGCGAUGUCAGCCGCUGUUAAUGAUAGGGAUGGGAAGAGGAGAGGGUGCUUCGUUUGCAGACGUCGCCUCGCAUGUUUGUGUAACGGACAAUUAAUUGUUACCUGAAGAUAACUGGGCAGCACUUGUGGAAAGGGAAGUGCGAGGAGUGUUUUGGUGCCAGCUUUAGAAAAGCUGCUGGGAGCAGCCGGUGGAUGUGGCACCAUGGGGAUAAAGACAAGACUCCAAGCCAUGCUGAUGUUACUGUGGAUCAUUCAAGGUGACACAACGAAGGUGGAGUUCCCCAGAAAAGAGAUGGAGGUGGUACAAGGCCAGAUGGUGGUGUUACAAGCGUGGUACAGCCCCAGCGCAGACAUUUCCAAAAACUCUGCCAUUUGGUACUUCUCUGGGAACGAGUCCAAGCAGGUGAUAAACUUUAGCUCAGGUGAGGUCGGACACGGUCAGAACGAGUUCACAAAAAGAGUGGGCUUCAGUGUGGCCAUGCCCUCGGCCAACCUCUCCAUCUACAUCAAUAACACCCAGGAAUCCGACUCUGGUCGCUACACGUGUAUUGUCAUCAUCCCCGGAGCUCCUGGCAUUUCUGGGGAGAUGAGCCUUAAUGUCAAAGUCCCUCCUUCUCCCCCAGUGUGCACCAUGACAGGGAACCCAGUGGUGAAGGGCAAUGUGACUCUGAGCUGUAAGUCCAGUCAUGGAAAGCCUGUCCCUCAGUACAAAUGGACCAAGGCUGCACCGAUGUCUGAGGUCUUCUUCUCUCCAAUGCAGAAGUGGAGAGCCUGCCCCCAGACCAUGCUUGUCCUUGGGUUCAUGGAUGAGAGACACGGUACGCUCAGGCUGAGCAACCUCACUAAAAGCAUGUCAGGGAAGUACAUCUGUCGAGCCAGCAACACCGCCGGCUCCGACAGCUGCUCCAUUAACCUGGAGGUUUUCACCUCUUCCAACGCAGGUGUGAUUACAGCAGCUACUCUGGGGUCAGUGGUGGGACUGGUGGCCAUGGUGCUGUUUCUCAUAUUCAUACUGAGGAGGAGAGGGGACACAGAGGAGGAGAUAGCCAAUGAAAUCAAGGAGGACGCUCAGGCACCAAAGCGAGUGUCAUGGGCAAAGAGCAACACAGGCUCAGAUGGUAUGUCCAAGAAUGGCACGUUAUCUUCCAUAGCCACCAGCCCUCAACCACGAGACCCCCAUCAGCCCAACUUCCACUAUCCGUACUCCCCGAUAUCAGCUUCAGACGCGAGCUCAGUGAUCAACGCCUACCAGCUGCGCCCUGGAGAAGCCAAUACCUUACAAGGGCUUCCUGGCUACAACAUCGGAGGCACGCCGUCGCGUAAACAUAGGCGGCCUCCGAGUGCAAACGGGGCUCCUUCGCAGGUUCUCAGGAGCCCUGCGGUCACCAACCCCAAAAGAACUGAGGGGGCGCAGCCUCAGAUGGCACCUCCACUCACUGUGUCCCCACAAGUUAGUUCCUCCACUCUGACACGCAUGGGAGCUGUUGCUGUCAUGGUGCCUGCUCAAAGCCAGGCUGGAUCACUGGUGUAACGGCGUGGGAAGCAAAGGACAGAGAAUCCCUCGCAGUGAAGCGCCCUUUCUCGGUGAAGGCCUGAUAGGUUGAGAGAGAAGGAAAAACACGUGCUUCACUGGAACAAACUCUUCCUUCGGUUUGUUGACGAACCAGUGCAGCGUUCUUCAUUUCAGUUUUCUUUUAAAUGCUGCGAUCAGGCUCAUUAAAGAGAAAUAUAUUUUUAUUUCCAUGCUUAGAACGAAAAGAAGUGUUGAUUUUAUGUAGCAGCAUACAGUGAUAUUGUAAACCGUAGCAAGCAGGAUGGUUUACUUGCGAUUGUCGUGCAAUGUUUUGGCUACAUUUCUAUGAUUUCUACAACUUCAUUGUAAAGAGAUUUUUCUAAUUUCAUUUUUAUGUUAUUUUACCUGGAUGUGUAAAGUUCACUUUUCUCAGGCUAACUGCACUCGUUCAGAGCAAAAACACACAAUUCAGACACUGAAAAUAGUUUCUAGAGUUUCACAUUUCUGGCCCACAUUCAUGUUCACAUCAAGAAACAGUUUCAGUGUGGGUUGAAGACUGAUAAGGACUCAAAACUUGAUGAUUUUGCUUGUUAUGGUAGCUGGAAUGUAACCAAAGUAGUGAGUAUAAGUGUUAAAGGCAAUGGUUUCUGACUAUUUUGCUUAAAAUUGUUGAGUAUAACAAGAUUACUGCAAACAUAUGGCAGAGCCAGUAGUGGAGACCGCUCAAGAAAGCGUCCAUCCUCGAUAUCUGACCAAUGUUUUCUGCUUGUUUGUUUUCAUGAUUUCAAUUACACUGAACUCUGGAGAUAACGAUGCAAUGAUGUUCUGACGUUGAAAUACUACAUGUAGCACUUUUAAUGCAGUUCUGACUGUUGAUGGAAUUUUGUUUUUCAAUAAAAUAUUC